AUGUUUCGCAACUCCAAAACUACAGUCAUGUCCAUGCACAUAUUCGGUAACGAGGCAACUGAGGAAAAAGCUGAAAAAGCUCGUUUAUCCUCUUUCGUCGGCGUCCUCGCCCUUGGCGAUCUUGUGAAAUCAACGCUUGGGCCAAAGGGCAUGAAUAAGAUUCUGAAAUCAGCAUCCUCUGGAGACAUCAAUGUGACUAAUGAUGAUGCAACGAUUCUCAAGUCCAUCCAGCUCGAUAAUGCAGCAGCCAAGAUCCUCGUUAAUAUCUCGAAAGUCCAAGAUGACGAAGUCGGAGAUGGAACUACGAGCGUCUCUGAUGCUGCCAAGUUUCGUCAGGAUCUUUUUAACAUUGCUGGUACCACCCUGUCAUCAAAAGUCUUAUCACAAGACAAAGACUACUUUGCCAACUUAGCAGUGGAUGCUGUGCUUCGAUUGAAGGGUUCAACGGAUUUGGAGCACAUCCAAAUCAUCAAGAAAGUUGGAGGCAAACUCACAGACUCAUACCUCGAUGAAGGUUUUAUUCUCGACAAAAGUAUUGCUGUCAAUUCGCUCAAACGUAUGGAGAACGCGAAAAUAUUAAUCACAAAUACCUGCAUCCAGCAUAUCCCAGAAAUGGGACCACUUCACGGGUCAGAUUUUUUGAACCCAGAACAUCAUUCCCACAUUCUCGAUUCCGACCAUCCGAGGAUCGCGCUCGAGGAUCUUUCCGACGACAGUCUCACGUUCGUUAACAAAACUUACAAUUUCAAGAUCACGUCUGUUGGUGCCUCUGUCCGCGAGGGAGAUUUUUGGAAUUGCCCAAGGGAUGUUGGCCAUGCGCCUCACCUUCUCGAUCAUCCUUUUUUCAUCAGGGCGCUCGCCGUCACAGUGUCCAUCUCGGUGAUAUUGCCAAGUACACCGAUGCGCUCUCUGCUCCUGUUUGGGGCUCACAAAUAUUCUCUGGAAUCCAGCAAGGAGAGCGAAGACAACACUGAGAACCAGGCUUCCAGUAUUCUUCCAGAGUUCAUCGAAGACGGAGUCACUUCACAGUCAGGCGCGGUCCUUGUGAAAUCAGUACCUGAUUACCCACGCCUGGAACCCUCUGCGGUCGUUCACUCCUACGGUAAACACCGCCGCGCCCGAGCAGCUUCCUGUCAGAUCAUCUCUGGAACACUGACCGGGCGCAAAGACUAUAUCGAUAUCCAGUCAUUUUGCAGGAGCCCAAAAGAGUCGCGGUGGGCACCCGAGAAUGGUAUGAUGGUCAUCAAAGUCUACACCCCCUCCACCAAUGACCUCUGGGCUGCGUACUUCUCCACCUGUGUCACCCUCUCUAUGUUCACGUGUAUAUGGUCGUCCAAGCUAAGCCUUCGCCUUCGGUUCAGCGGGAGUGCGAUGGACACGCCGGAAUACUACUUCGAAAGGGAUGAGGAUGUGUCCGUCUUUCCAAUCGGUGCGGUUGCUGAGUUUUUGGCAAAAUUGGUUGCGCCUAGUUCCACGGCAGAUCUCACGCAAAGGGAUGGCAAUGUCAAUAGGGUAUAUGCAGGCAAAGUAGAGCGCACAUUCUCUGAUCUCGGUAGAACACAAUCUGCGCGACGGUAUAAUCUCUCAGCAUUUGCAAUAAUUGGUGAAGAGGUUAAGAGGGCACCUCCACUCGCGACAGAGUUUCGUGAUGCAGAUGACCCUCUUGCUGGUCCAGAGGCUCUUUCGCCCGACCACAUUGCUGUCGAAAAUGUGUUGACCAACAUAGAUGCUGUCAAGGCAACAGGAACGGCGAGGAAUGUGAAAUGCAUUUUAUGUGCGCUAACCUUGUACUAUCACUUCUUCCUGCAUUCUGACGAAUUACUACCACAACUUAGCCGGCAACACUCGGCGCUGGACUCAGUGAGAUGA